AUGGUCGAUAAUGAAGCACGACAAGAAGUGAAUGCAUCGAGAGUUGGUUCGUUAGAUGAGCAUGGUUAUUCAAUGGUUCCAUCAUUGAUGUCUGAACUGAACGAAAUCAUUUCUCAAAUGAGAACGGUUCUUUAUGGAAAUGUCGAAGCAGAACCAAGUCCAGAUGCUUGUUCUCAGUUGACUCAAGAGUUAUUCAAGGAGAAUACAUUUCGCCUCUUUAUCGCUAGCAUUCCAAAGCUGAACUCAGGGCUUGACCAGUGUUUCCCUUACCUGCAGCUGCUACAAUGUGCAUCUCAUGUUCUCGCCAUUCUGCAGCGGCAGCAGGAAGACGGCGACAUUGCUAUAACUUAUGGCUCAUUUGCGAGAGAAUGCAUCCGACACCAAUGUGUUGCUAGGUAUGUCCUGGAAUUAGAGCAUAUGAAGUUCUUUGAUUACAUUCAACAUCCAAUAUUUUACGUAGCAUUGGAUGCUUCUGCAACAUUUAGAGUUGAGUAA